UACUUCACACCAAACCCAUUUCCAGUAGACAUCCUAUCCUAUGUAUAUAAAUAUAAAAUGCUCCACAAACAAACAGUGACUCUAAUCCACUGCAAAAUAUAUAUGGGUGUUGUUACAAAUGCCAGUGCUGCUCCGUUAACUUUAAAGGCUGAAGAUGUCACUGCUGUUCCGGUUGGAGUUAACGGAGUUAUAACUCCGUUAACUUUAACGGAGGAAGGUAAACUCCUUUGGCAGGAAAAUUACUUAUCAAUUGAAAAAGAAGUUCUUGGAUUUUCAAUUGAAGGUAAAAAGAUUAUAUUUAAAGCUGUUGAAGAGAAUAAUGGAGGUGGAAUUUGCUGUGGUGGGAACACAGGAGUUACUGUGAGGAGGAGGAGUUUUAUUUUUGAGUUGGUAUCUGAGGAUUCUAUGAGAAUUUGGAGUCAAAAAAUUCAGGAGUACAUUGAUUCACUUGGUCGGCCUAAGAAACUUUUUGUCUUUGUGAAUCCUUAUGGCGGAAAGAAAUCUGCAUCAAAGAUUUUUAUUGACAGUGUAAAGCCACUACUUGAUGAUGCAAAUAUUGACUAUACAGUGCAAGAAACUAAACAUCAGCUACAUGCAAAGGAAGUUGCUAAAUCAUUGGAUAUUCUGAGAUAUGAUGGAGUUGUUUGUGUCAGUGGGGAUGGAAUUUUGGUUGAGGUUGUUAAUGGAUUACUUGAAAGGGAGGAUUGGGAUUCUGCAAUAAAGAUGCCUCUUGGAGUAGUACCUGCAGGCACUGGAAAUGGCAUGGCGAAGUCUCUUCUAGAUGCUGUUGGCCAAUCUUGUACUGCAUCCAAUGCAACACUUGCUAUUAUUAGAGGGCACAAGCAAUCACUAGAUGUAGCUACUAUUUCACAGGGGCAGAACAGAUUUUUCAGUGUGUUGAUGCUCGCCUGGGGUCUUAUAGCUGAUAUUGAUAUCGAGUCUGAGAAGUAUAGAUGGAUGGGUAGUGCUCGAAUAGAUUAUUACGCAAUACAACGAAUAUUCCGCCUUAGGAGGUACAAUGGUUGUAUAAAAUUUGUGGCUGCACCAGGUUAUGAGACUUAUGGAGAACCAGCCAACUUGGAAGGUGAAAUUAAUGGCGAAGUUAAAUCGAAUUUCGUUCAGCACAAGGGAUAUUCUGGUCCUGCUUUGCACAUAAAGGAUUUCAACCGAAAGAUUGAGGGGCCUUUUUUAUCAGUCUGGCUUCAUAAUGUACCUUGGGGAGGCGAAGAUGCUCUGGCAGCACCUGACGCCAGGCUUUCAGAUGGUUACUUGGACUUGGUCGUGAUAAAGGACUGCCCAAAGUUGACGUUGCUAUCGUUGAUGACCGAGAUAAACAAAGGCGGUCAUGUUAGAUCACCACAUGUCUUGUACUUCAAGGUUAAAGCUUUUGUUCUGGAGCCUGGUACACAGUUAGAUGAUCCAGCCAAAGAAGGGAUUAUAGAUGUAGAUGGUGAGGUUCUUGCAAGAGGUAAAGGAACUUACAAGUCACAUCACAAGCCAUUGAUGACAUAUGACAAGAUCCAUAUAAAAGUAGAUCAAGGCUUGGCUACUGUAUUUUCUCCUAGUUCCAUUUGAAGGAGAAAUUUUUAUUUGGUUCUUGUGAUAAAAAGUCAUGUAUAUGCGAUGAUGAAAAAAAAGGGUAAAUAAAAGAAAGAAUAAAGAAGUAUGAAAAGAACUUUUCUCAAGUUUGUGCAAUCUUCUAUGUGAAAUCUUCUAUGUAUGAAUAUAAUAAAUUUCCUGGGGCACCAAA